AUGGCCGGCAAUCACAGCGACGAGUCAACUCAGUCUGCGAGACAUCAAUCAACAGAGUCUGUUGAGCCCUCGUCUAAUGAGCCGGGAAGCAUUGAGCUGGCUGCUCAACAAGCAGCAACUCAGUCCGCGAGACAGCAAUCAACACCGUCUGCUGGGAUCUCGUCUAAUGAGCCGAGAAGCACUGAGCCGGUUGCUCAACAAGCAGCAACUCAGUCUGCGGCGACUCAAGGCACGGUAUCACAACGUAGUGUGGACCAAUCAGCAGCAACUCAGUCUGCGGCAACUCAAGGAACAUUGUCUCAACUUAGUGGGAAUCAAUCAGCAGCAACUCAAUCUGCGGCGUCACAAGGAACAGUAUCUCAACGUAGUGGGACUCAAUCAGGUCCACAAGCUACGGCGGUCAAGCCAGCCCAAAACCCACCACCAGGUCAAAAUACCAGGAAAGAGUGGAAGUCCUGGAAGAUUAAAUGA